AUUUAAGGUACAGCAGAUAAUUUGAUGAGCUCUCCUCCCUCUCUCCAAGCCUUUCCCUGUGUUUUGGCUACCUACUUUUCUUAGACGAUGCUUCUAGCACAUAACGUAUGGCUGAUACUUCCCUGUAACUGCAGUUACACUUUGMAUUUAUGUGAACCAACAGUUUGGGUAGUUUUAAUGCUUCGGAUCAUGUUUCUUUACAGUUAAUGUUUAAAUGACAUGAGUAGAGAUUGUACAGAAUCUUCCAUGUUUGUGARAUACUGCAGAACUGUCACUUCCUGACGCUGCAAACUUCUAUUUUCCUCGCUAGAUGCAACUGGACAUAGUCCUUGUCCUACCACAGGUUAAAUUCAAAUUAAGUUGGAUAUACUCUCUGACUACAACAGUCAAGAUCUGCAGCUUUGUAAAUGAAAAGCAACUUGAAUUCAGCAAUUUUUAUUACUUCAUUUUGCUAGGAAACGCCACUAUUUUAUGAUGUCAUGGCAAGACAACAGGGGUAUCAUUAUGAUGUUGUAGAAUUCUCUAUUGAAGUUCAGAGUAAGCUAUAGCAUCCUUUUAUUUUAUCUUGCUGUCUCACAGCAGGAAGUAGUGCAAAUGGCUACAUCUGAAAAAUUCAGUCAAAGCAGGAAAAGAGAAUGUGAAAUGGAUCUGUCUUUAGCAGAAACAUCCUGUUUUUCUGUUCGGGAUAAAAUAGUUGAUUCUGUAAUCUCAAUUUCUUCUGUUGCUCCAGUAUAUGAUAGAACAGCAGCUUGCGAUACUGCUUUAAGAUCUGUACCAGAAGAAAAUGCUUUUCAGGCUUUGAGCGAUGGGCCCUGGGCAAAAAGACCACGUCUUAACCUCUCUGACGAUAGCUGUGCCAAAGUCAAUGAUUUUUCAUUCCUCACCUUUCCAAAGAAGCUCUGGAAAAUUGUUGAAAGUGAUCAGUUUAAAUCAAUUUGGUGGGAUGAUGAUGGGAACUGUGUAGUGAUUGAUGAAGAGUCCUUCAAAAAGGAAGUGCUAGAAAGGAGAGGACCGCUGAGAAUUUUUGAAACUGACUGCAUGAAAAGCUUCAUUCGACAGCUUAACCUUUAUGGUUUUAGCAAAAUGCGACAGGAUUUUCAAAGAUCUGCCUCACUUGCUGAAUUUCUAGCAGAGGAAAAAGCAGCUUCUGCCUUUAGCAAGUUACAGUUCUAUUAUAACCCAAACUUUAAGAGAGGUUAUCCCCACCUCCUAGUAAGAUGUAAGCGAAGAGUUGGCAUAAAAACUAAACCACCGGUUGCGUUCUCACUGAAUCAAGAUUUUAAUGAAAGCCGCCUGAGAAGCGAGGGCAGAAGCCCUCACGUYGAGUCCACGUUUGGCCUCGCCCCUGUCGAGGAGCCCGAUCUGUUCACAGCAGCCCCGAGGGAGAAGGCGCCGCCACCCGCGCCGAGGAAGGCCGCAGCCAUCAAGGGACUCGCGAAAGCUCCCGGCCGAACCAGAAGCGGUUUCGCGGCCUCCCACGCAGCCUCCCUGAGCCUCUUGGAGCCUCCUGCGGCAGAAGAUGGGGAUGAGCUAACUCAGCCGGCCCUGUUCCUCCCAGCGCAGCAGGGCAGCCACGCUGAAGGCAGCGUGCAGGAUCCUGACGCUGCUGAACCUCCAUCUUCCACCUCGCUCUACCACCUUAUACCUCCUGUGCCAAACAGUCCUUUUAGACCCGUCAUGGGGCUUCCCGCCUUUCCGUCCAUGUAUCCAGACAUAUCAGCCAUGCAAGCUCACUGGGCCAGUCUGCUGCCCUUCUGUAACCCGUGGUUUUCAAUGCCCAUGAUUGCAGCAGCCGCUGCUCUUUCUAUGUCAAGAUCAUCUCACCACUGCAAUCCAACACACCACCACUGCCCUAACUGCAACUGUCCUUCAAAUAGCACACCUGCCRGCAAGGGGGUUGGAUCCCAAGCUGCUGAAUAUGCAGGAUAUCAUAGCUAA